GGGUGGGGGUGGGGGGGGGGGUGUUGGGUGAGUUAGAAUAGGAAAGGCAAAAAUGGAGAAGAUAUUGAGACUCUUCUUUGGCUCUAACGCUAACCCUAAAACUAACUUACCCAAUUCCCAUCUUUCUUUCUUCUAUAUCUCUAUCAAAAUAUCUCUACCAACCCUUUUACUCCUUCUUUAUCAAAUUGCUCUAACCCUAUUAUCUCUACCUUUCCUUUAUUUCACUCUUUUUGUUUGCCUCCUGCUUCUUUUCGGUUCACAAGGUAUUUGCUUUCAUCUUACUUUUGGUUCAUGGUUUCCAGUUUGGUGCAGCAAUUGCCAAACGCAUUUAGCAAGUGCCAUCUUUUUGCCGUGAUUAGUGCACGUGUUUCUGGUGGGCCCUAGUCUUUUUACGUGUCAUGGAUGAGUCUGGUGGAACUAGAUUUGAAGGGCUCAAUCCUACUGUUAGAAAGAAAAGAAGCCACAUGUUGCGGCGACCUAGACCUGAGAAGCCGUUUUUCCAUGAUAGCCGCGAUCAGUCACCCUUAACACCAGUUUCAGAUGAUUUUGGUAGGGUUUCCAGUGAUGAGAACAUUGAUGAUGCCAGUGCUGGACGGAAAAUGUUCAACCUUAAUCAUUGCAUGUCUAGAGGCUCUGCUUCCAGAGUGGCUGACGGGGGAUCUAGUCUUUUACAUAGUAAUGGAGUUCCAGGAGAUGAUACAUAUCCCCAGCAUGGCUCCUCUCUUAGGCAACCAGGAACUGUUCAGGAUGGUGUUGGCAGUGAUAGCAAGCUGAAAAAAGUUAAGUUGAAAGUUGGGGGUGUGACACGCACCAUACAAACCAAAACCGAUUAUCGUGGUGCAUAUGGUGGUGGUUUAUCUACUACAAGUGCACGAGCCUUGGAUGGGUCACUGCCACGGCAGAAACUAACUCCACAGGACACUUUGAGCAAAGACGGUCUUUCGGAAAGGAAAAGUGGGUUGCAAGGAAUUUUAUCGAGAGAUUCGCCGAAAGGCUCGUUUGCUGCUGGAAUGGGGAAGAUGCCAGUGACGAAUGCCUAUGAAAAAGGAGGUGACAAGUCAGAUCCAUCUCGUAAGAGUAAGAGGGUGCCAAAGAGGCGUGUAUCGGAGUGGUUUGAUGAGGAUGACAAAGAUGAUGAGAUUCGAUACUUGGAGAAGCUUAAAACCUCGAAGAUUGCAGGAUAUAAAGAUUUUGAGGAGGAGUUGACCAAUAAAAGAAGUCUUUCCCGGGUUUCAAGGGUUAGCAGGUAUGAAAAGGAUGAAAAUGUGGGAAGGUCAAGGAAAGAUGUUAGGAAGAAAUCAGAGCAAGGUUCUGAGGACAUUGCUUAUGAGGUGGAAGAGCUCCUGUCUGAUGGCGAGCCUGAAGGAAAAAAGAAGCAGAAACAAAGGAAGGAAUCCUCAGAUUCAUCGAACGAAGGGACGAGAGGAGAAAUGACUCUUACAACACGACAGCGAGCUCUCCUAUCUAGCAAGGAUUCUUCUGCUUCUUCUGUGAGUCAGAUUGAGUUCCCUAACGGUUUACCGCCGGCGCCUCCUCGAAAGCAAAAGGAGAAGCUCACAGAGGUUGAGCAGCAACUGAAGAAAGCAGAGGCUGCUCAGAAACGUAGAAUGCAAAAUGAGAAGGCCGCUCGUGAAUCAGAGGCUGAGGCAAUUAGGAAAAUUCUCGGUCAAGAUUCUAACAGGAAGAAGAAAGAAGAUAAAAUGAAGAAGCGGCAGGAAGAGUUGGCUCAGGAGAAGGCUGCCAAAGAGCAGAUGCUUGCGAAAAGCACUGUCAGAGUGGUUAUGGGCCCUACUGGGACUGUGGUGACAUUUCCUGAAGAUAUGGGUUUACCUCAUAUUUUUAACUCUAAACCUUGCAGUUACCCACCCCCUCGUGAGAAAUGUGCUGGUCCUUCCUGCGUGAAUCCGUACAAGUAUCGGGAUUCUAAGACAAAACUUCCUCUGUGCAGUCUCCAGUGCUACAAGGCAAUUCAUGAAAAGGGACAGGCUUGAAAGCCUGCUAAAAGAUGUUAUGACAUAUGCUCUUGCACAUUAUUUAGAUUUAAGCUGGUAUAAUGAGGAUAUCUUUUCCAUAUACAGGAAUCAGGACCAAAGAUAUCUGGGAACAAAUUGUGUACAGGAAUAUUUUGGUUCCUUAUAUAAAUGUAUGCCCCGCUGCCCCUAGUUCAUUGGUCAUUUCUCCUUUUCUAUUUCAUUAUCCCUAUUUGUACAUGUUAUAUUUUUCUAAUUAUUGGUCACCUCAUUGCUGCACAGUCGAGCUAUUUUUGGUGAUUGUUGCCUUC